AUGUAUUUACAAUAUAAAAAUUUAUUGAAUAACAAUAGUCAGUCAAAAUUUCAAAAAUUCGUUAAAGAUGCAGAAAUAGAAGAGCUCUGCAAUAUGGUGUUGAAAGUGAUUAAUACUUCAGAAGUACUAACAAUGUUGGACAAUAUUUUACAAGGUUUUUCUGAACUAGACAGAUAUCACGAUAAAAGACAAAAAUUAGUUAAAAAAAUAUUUGAUGCAACUUGUAAAGCCAAUGUCAAUAGCAAACAUGUUGAUGCUAUUGUUAGUAAAAUAGCAGCUAAUUUUUCUAUGUUCGAUAAAGCGCAUCUUGUUAAUUUAGUAGAUUAUUUUAUUGAGAGAAUUAGAAAUAAUGAUGAUAGUUUUAUGAGUUGGAAGGAUCUAUUACCAUUAUUAUUGGAAAAAAUUGAAGAAGAAAAAUUUAUAAAUUACAGAGGAAGUGACGUAUCUGGUCAGGAAUACAAAAUUAUUAUUAUUCGUUCAAUAUGUGAUAUUGAUUGGGAUAUUAAAAUUUUAUCAUCGAUUGCCAAAAUGUUUGUAGAAUUAAUUAUAGAUAUAAAAGAUAAAGCCAUUUGGGAGUUGAUAAUGAAAGCUUUAACAAGUAAAUUAAUGACCAUAGAUUUUAAUGAAUUACCUCCUUUAGUUCAUCAAAUAUUGAAACUUGGGUAUAACGGUAAUAGUAUUUUAUUAUUUUCUACAUUAUCUAAAUACUUUGCAAAAGAAUAUGCUUCCUUGUCUAACAAUGCUGAUUCUGAUGAUACUUCCAAUUCAAUAAUUUCUAGUAAGAAUAUUUGUAAAGAGUUACAAGAAGUCGAAAGCACAGUACUUUAUUACAUUCACCAAUCCGUUUUGGACAAUACGAAAGGUUCACUGGAAUAUAUACGAUGUCUCAAAUCUAUUAUUAAUGCACCAGAAUAUGUUUUAGAUACUUUUGUAAUAUCGAUAUUAUUAUUAAUAUCUGAUUUGUAUGAAGAUCAAACAUUACAAAUUUUGAAAUUGGCUUUUUUACGACAAAUCCAGGAUGAGGAGAAUGGUAAUCACAGUGCUUGGCUCAGACAAAUUUCUUCUAAUAAAUCAUGUGCUUUAGAAACAAUUAAUAAGGUUAUUGAAAACAGUAAUAAAGAUCGUCAAUUAAUCCUGAAAGGUAUGGUGGACUUUGCUUUUAUUUUAUUAAGCACUGAAAGAAAAGUGGUCGUUGUCAAUUACUUACCUUGGUCAUAUGGUAAUAAAAUACUCCAAAAAAUAGCUAGAAAAAGACAUGAUGCUGCUGGUACAAUUCUUGAACUUUUAGUGGAUAAAAUAGUUCGAUCAGGUUCCAAUACCUUUCAAUAUACAGAUUGCUUGGCUUAUAUGUGCCGAAGAUUAACAAUGACAAUCCUAGAUCACCAAAUCUGGAUAAUGAUUCUUUUGGAUCAAUUACUGGUGAUACCGGGUAGUACAGCAUCUCAAAUUCUCAAAGCCAUAUUACCAUUGAUGCGAAUAUCGAGUACAAUUCGAGACAAUCUUAUUAUGAUAUUACGCAAAGCACUUUACCGGAAAGGUAUACAUACUCGGCAGAUGGCUGUAUUUGGAUUCUUGCAACUCUUGAAAAAUCUUAAACUGAGUACCCUUACUACUCUUAGUCAGUCUGAUUCUCUAUCAUCUUCGAAUGUAGCAUCUUCGUCGUCAUUCUUUACACAGGCUACUUUAGAAAGGUCAUCGCAAAGAUCAAACCCAUGGCAUAAUACUAGUUUAUGUCGUGAAAUUCUAGCUAUACUAAGUAAAUGUUUUACUCAUGAAAUUGAAGUACGCUCUCAUUUAUAUAAAGAGCUAUAUUACGGUGUUGUAAAAAAUCAAGAAUUGACGGAAUAUGUAAUAGAGAUGUUACUGGAGCAUUUUUUCCAAUAUUACGAAAAAGAUGAAAAGAUCGUACCACCAUUAUACUUUGAGAAAUGCAGCUCCGAUCAAGGCCUUAAUGUAAUUUAUCAGGAGCCAUUGCCAGAUUUAAUAUGUGCUUUACAAAAAAUUUAUCUUAAAGUAGCUUUAAAAGACUCAUCAAAGAUCGACCAAUUGGCGGAAAUACUUGAAUCACUUUGUAAAAGAAUGGCUCAAACGGAUGUAGAACAUAUGAGUAUUGAUGAGGACAUCGAUAUACUCGAUAACAGUUCCAAAGCACAACAGAAAUUAUUGAAUAUUAAGAUAGCAAUUUCAGUAUAUGAGACUUUAAUAGCUUAUAAGAUUGCUUCCUGGUCCUUAAAUAGUUUAGAAGUUGGUCAGAGUAUUAUUAGUCUUUUUAAGGGUUACACUAGGCUCACCGAAUAUCUGAAAAAUCUUAGUAAAUCAAGGAAGGGCGGUGGAAAAGGUAAAAAGGAUAAAAGUAAAGAUGGUAACGAUACCACCAUUAAGAAAUCCGGACGUAUGAACACUAUAAAGUUACCAAACACAGUUAUGAGCUUCGAAACAAUAUCAAAAAGUAUAGUUCUGCUGUAUAAUCAAUCAAAUUCUUGGGCAACAUCAGAACAGACAAGCGAUGUGAGAGGCCGCAUGGAAUUUCAUAUUUACAUUUUGCAAACGUGUCUACAAUUGUUGCAAAAUGUAGAAAAAUUAAAAGACCAAGAAUUACAAAACUGUUUAGAGCUAAAUAAACGGCAUUUCCUUCUUAUUGGAGAAACAUUAUACAAAUAUAUGAUUUCUGAUUUAAAAUCAGUAAGUUCAUUUCACGAACUUAUUGCCACCUUGGGAACAGAGUGUUUUAAAGAAUUGUGCAAUAUUAUGUGCACAUAUAAUGCAGAUGCGUUACCAGCUUUCAUUGAAGCAAUUUGUGGUGUCAAUGUUUCUCGAGGUCUUUCAAGUCAACUGCAAGAAUUUAUUUUAUUAUUCAAAGAUAUUUUUAUACUAAGCCUCGAUGAAGAAAUCGCUGGAAAUAUAGAAACACAAAAUAUUCCACUGUAUUUAAUAGAAACAAUUUUCAAAUUCGUAGAAAAAAUAACUUUCAAUGAAAUAAAAGUUAAUGAGAGUUUCAAUUGGCUCAAUAAUAUAGCCGAAAAUCAAAAACAAAUUGAUGUUCAAGUAGCUUCAUUGAUUGUACAACUAAUGAUUUUGGUAGAUGAACAAAAUAUUGAAUACAGUGAAACUAUUCAAGAUCUUUGCGCCGAGCUUUUUCCAAUCUUAGGAAGAAUCGAUAAGAUUGAAGUUAGUGCAACAAGAAAAUUCCAAAUUAUUAAUGAGGCAAAUGUUUACCCAAUUUUUAUUAUUAUAAACAAAGUACUUUCAUCCAAACUACAAAAUAUUAAUUGGUUAUUGUGUAGGCUAAAUGCCGAAUAUAUUGCAAUAAAUAGUCUCCAAUUGGACAGUGAAUUUAAACAAAAGCUAAUAAAAAGUAAAGAACAAGCUUUAUGCCGACAAUUUACAUUCAUUCUUGGUAUAUUUGAGAUACUGACCAAUAUAAAAAUUGCUCCUGGACAAGCUUCAGAAAUUCUUUUUAAAAAUUUACAAAAAGUUUAUAACUUUGCUUGUUCUUUAGCAAAAUAUUUUAGGAAAAAGUCGAGUGCGACAAAUCCAGCUUUUCAAUCAGUCAAAUUUAUACCAGUAAUUCAAGGAGCGGGAAAUGCUUUGAAAGAAUCUAUAACUGAAUUAAUUUUGCACAUCGAGUCAACUCAAAGUAGUGGGAAAUCAAAUGACGUCUACGUUCAACGUAAUAAAAUUUUAAAAGAAGUAAUGGUGAUACCUGGUGUUGUACAGGCUAUAGACAUGUUUGAUAAAGAAAUUGCAUUAUUAACAAAGAAAACUGGAAUAGAUUUGAUGAAAUAUAUUAAAUAUGACGUUAUCAGAGACUUUAGAAUACAAAAUACUCAGUUGAUGGAGAAUUUAGAGAAAAUGAACGUUAGCCUUGUAAUAACUCAAUCUGCUAGAGAUAAUAAAAGCAACGAUGUCGGGAGUGAGAGUAGUGACGAUCAAACUGAAACCAAAGCAACCCCUGUUAAAAGACAACGCACUAAAUAAAUAAAAAUAACAAUUUAAUAGAUAAUGAAU